GUUCAACCUACCGUCUACUACUAGUAGCCUCUACUAAGAACAUGGAUGUUGGUUCUGAUCUUCAUUUGAUUGGGAACUGCUGAGAGAACCUUUGGUCCCUCUAAUGUAAAACUAGCCAGGGAUCCCCGACUAUUAAAAUUUAGGAGGGAUUCCUGAAGCAAUGAAAUCCUCUUUUUCCUCUAAUCUUCCUUUGUCAACAUGAUUAUGACAACAUGAAAAUCAACCCAAUCAGCUCGCUGGUGAAUCUGCCGCGCUUAUUACACCUCUUCUUUACCUCUCUAGCGGGAAAGGUGCUCUUCGUCUCUCUGCUCCUAUAUGGAAUUGCUUUUGAGUACUGCAGAUUGCAUUAUUGGCGCGACCCUCAUUCAGCCUUCUUUGAUGAAGCCCACGUCUACGAUCUCAAAUACAGUCUGUUCCGGGAACAUGAGGCACUUCAGGCUAUAUCCGCAUAUAAUGCCAGAAAUGAACCCCCCAAGAGCACGCUGGCCACUUCGAACCCCCUCAUGUGUCUCGCUUUUGUGACCGUCAAGCGGGACCAUGUAAACUACUUCGACGCCUCCAUCGGCUCUCUCCUCAGCGGCCUCGAUGAUAGAGAGCGCCGUGCCUUCUCAGUCAAUGUGCUGUUUGCCAAUACGGAUCCUCACCUUCACCCGAGCUGGGGUCAACUUUGGAUGGACCGGCUUGUCGACUCAGUGUCCUCGUAUAAUGUGUCAAAGGAGGAUUUUCAGCGGCUCCAGGGCCUUGAAGAGAGACAUAAUUACUAUGAGAAAGGGGUCUUCGAUUAUACGUACGUCCUUGACCAAUGUUAUAAUACCGGUGCUCCCUAUAUCGGCGUCUUCGAGGACGAUAUUAUAUUUGCCGACGGAUGGUUCGUGAAAACUCUGAAGGGGCUCCAUGAUAUAGAAAACCGAUCGAAAGCUCAUAAUUGGUUAUAUUUGCGCCUCUUCUACACGGAGACCGCACUGAGCUGGACGAACGACGACUUUGCGUACCGUCAUAUCAGCUUUGUAUUUCUCCUGGCAAUGAGUAUAGCCUGUGGUGCUCUCCUGCUUGCUCGUCGCAUAUCGUCUGCCGUCAGCCGACGCUUGGAUAUCCCGACCAUUAUCGUGAUUUGUGCUAUCACCGUCCCUGCAUUCGUCGGCCUCAUUUUCAUGGCCGGGAAAUACAACAUCAGCCCUAUGCGCGGCCUCGUGGAAAUGAACAAGCACGGCUGCUGUACCCAAGCAAUGGUGUUCCCUCGAGACCAAGUGCCACACUUGGUCAACUUCCUGCGGGAUCGCAAGGCUGGGCAGACAGACUCCAUGAUUGAGGAAUAUGCCGAUGAAGGAAAGCUGCGUCGCUUCGCCCUUGCACCACCCCAGGUCCAGCAUGUUGGCAUUCGUUCCAGCCGUGAUAACCUGGAGAUCAAUACGCGUAGCACGUGGGCGUUUUGGUUCGAAGAAAACGAUCCCAAGGCUCUACGCCGGGAGCAUGAGCGUCUCUUAGAAAUGAACCAGAUCCCUUGGCUCGAUGGUGAUCCCUAAGUUAUAUUUUCAAAUGGCAUAGCAAAAUCAAACAACGUGAUUUCUAAUAGAUACUGCAUACUACAUGCUAUCAGUAAAAGCAGCUGUGUGGGUGAUCUUUUGCCUUACACGUCCCUUUUACACACGCCAUUGUAAGUCUUCUGGAGAUAUUUUCACCAAAGCCUGAAUUCGACCGACGAGCAGUGUGGGUGGAUUAUUAUUUUAUUUUAAUUAUUUUCUUUUCAUUUGAGCUUUGACUGCGAGGAGCCCUCCUCCCUUUAUAUA